UAACACAGUGACGUAAUGACUGAGAGCGGCCACGUGACUGGAGUGCUUCCGGGUAAUGUCUGAAGUGUUAUGGAUAUAUGUGUUCAGUUGAUCAGGAUUAUUUAGCUUCGUGUAAAUAUCAAGGAGACAGAAUGACUUUUAAUUGUUAAAUGUACACAAACAGUUUUCAUGUUUAAGUCUUGUUCGGCGACUACUUCAAUUUCAGCCAGCGCUGAAGCCUCUUUUUACUGUGACCAUUGUCCAGCAUAGCAACUGCAUGUCCAAACCAAACUCUUAAUGAGUUCUAAAAAAAGCAAAGCAGAUUUGAAAGUGGUGAUUCUUGGAGAUAAAGAUGUUGGUAAAACCUCCUUAAUAUGUCGAUAUAUUGAUGGAAAAUUUGUCACCACUGAUUCGACUAUUGGAGCCUCCUUUUUCAUGAAACACUGGGGUCCCUACAAUGUUGCUGUUUGGGAUACUGCUGGUGAGGAGAGGUUUACUGGACUUUCGUCAUUUUAUUGUCGUAAUGCAGGGGCUGCGAUAUUCGCCUUUAAUUUGAACUGUCUGAAGUCUUUUGAAUCUCUUGGGAUGCGCUUUCUACCACUUCUUUCAUCAGCACAGGAUAGUUGCUUAAAAAUAGUAGUUGGAACCAAAUAUGAUAUUACAUCCCCAGGCUCAAGGCAAGUGUCAGUAGAAGCUGCUGAGAAACUGGCACUUGAAAUGAAUGCAAACCAACCAAUGGAAAAAUUACAAAAGCCUCCUUAUUUUGAGACUUCAAGUCGCACAGGAUAUAAUGUAGAUGAAGUUUUUGAAUACAUUUUACAAUACUGUCUUCCUUAUACAUCAGACUUAACCAUGAAGCCUACUCACUCAAAGAGUACAGUUAAUUUAUCAGAUACUAAAAACCAGACUCAUUCGAAAGAAAAUAAAUGUUGUACAUAAAACAAUUACAAAAAAAAAAAAAAUUUAAAGAAUUUUAUUUUUAUGAUUUUUUUCGAAUUUAAUGCAAAAAUAUUUUCAUUCUUUCAGAUAUAUUGUAAAACUUCAGAAAGUUUUUACUCUGAUAGUUCUGAAUUAAGGUGAUAAAGCGGUUAGAACUUACAGUCCAAUAAAUGCAAGCUAAUAUAUACUUUUAGCUUUUAAUGCAUGUCUGAAACACUGUUUCAGACAUGUAGUCCUUGUGAUAGCUUAACAUGAAGUCCACGACUUUUUAAUAAGUGUUUAUGUAUAUAUAUGUUGCCAUAAUAAAUAUUGUACAUUCCUUUCUAUA